AGUCUCUUUUCUAUAAUACUAAGAUUUUCUUGACUUUUUUCUUUAUAUCAUAUUUUCUUCUUUUUUGUCUUAAUUAGUUCCAUCUUGUUCCUUACUUCAGCUUCCUAAAUCACAGGUUUUCAUUCUUCUUUCAUUUUUGUCUUGUUAUUUUCACUCUUCUUCUUAUCAGGUGUUAUUUUCAAUUGUAAACUAUCAGAAGAUUAUGAAUAUAACAAAUGUGAACGAGUAUGAAGCAAUUGCAAAGGAAAAGUUGUCAAAGGUGAUUUAUGACUACUAUGCAUCAGGGGCAGAGGAUCAAUGGACUUUGAAAGAGAACCGAAAUGCAUUCUCAAGGAUUCUGUUGAGGCCGCGAAUUCUCAUCGAUGUGAGCAAGAUAGACUUAACAACAACUGUAUUAGGCUUUAAAAUAUCAAUGCCUAUCAUGAUUGCUCCUACAGCCUUGCAAAAGAUGGCUCACCCUGAAGGAGAAUUUGCUACUGCUAGAGCGGCAUCAGCAGCUGACACAAUCAUGACAUUAUCCUCAUGGGCUACUUCCAGUAUUGAGGAAGUUGCUUCAACUGGACCUGGAAUUCGGUUCCUCCAACUCUACUUGUUUAAAGACAGAAAUAUGGUUAUUAAGCUUGUGAGAAGAGCUGCAAAUGCUGGUUUCAAGGCAAUUGUCCUUACUGCAGACUCUCCUGUUCUUGGUCGUAGAGAGGCCGGCAUAAAAAACAGAUUUACAUUGCCAUCAUAUGUGAGAUUGAAGAACUUUGAAGGCAUGGAUCUUGAAAACUCGGAUAAGACUAAAAGCUCUGGUCACAUCUCUACUGUUAAUGGCCUAUAUGAUCAAUCACUCACUUGGAAGGAUGUAAAGUGGCUUCAAACAAUCACAUCAUUGCCAAUCUUAGUGAAAGGUGUACUUACCGCGGAAGAUACUAGGUUAGCUAUACAAGCCGGAGUUGCGGGAAUCAUUGUUUCCAAUCACGGUGCUCGCCAACUUGACUAUGUUCCUGCAACUAUCAUGGCUGUGGAAGAGGUUGUUCAAGCUGCAGAAGGAAGAGUUCCUGUUUUUAUGGAUGGCGGAGUCCGCCGAGGGACUGAUGUAUUUAAAGCAUUGGCUCUUGGAGCAUCUGGUGUAUUUAUUGGAAGACCUGUGGUGUUCUCAUUGGCUGCUGAUGGUGAAGCUGGUGUAAGAAAAGUACUUAAGAUGCUUCAUGAUGAGCUUGAAAUAAUCAUGGCACUAUGUGGUUGCUGUUCACUUAAGGACAUAACUCGUGACCAUGUCGUGACAGAGUGGGAUCGCCCAAGAAUUGCUCCUAGGUUAUGAGGAGAUCAUCCUCCUCUCGAGUGUUGGAGCAUAUAUGAGGAAAGGGUACUCAUCAUACUACUAUAGGAAUUUAAUUUUAUAAUAUUAAUAAUACAUUCUUAUUAAAACGGGUUAUGCAUUUUUAUUGAAUAUCGUUGAUUUUAGAUUUGUGUAAAACUUAAUAUAGAUGAUCUAUAAUAUGUAAACUUUUAAUCCAACGGUGAAUUUUGUAAAAU